CAAAAAAAAAAUGUCUACAAUAUGUACAUGUAUGCGCCAACAUAUAGGUUAUACAGGUAAGCCAAGUGCUACAAUUUCGAGCUUUGCGAUUUAUUGCAACUGCCUUUGUUUCGACAACCAACAGCUUGUAUCCCAUUCUUAGAUUCUACAAGUUCAACCACUCCUUGCCUUGGAGGCUAGAGCCUUAUCUUUCUCUCUCGCUUUCGCCUGAUUGGAGUGUGUAUCUAUCCAUCCAUGGCGUUGAAGGAAGGUAGCAAACAAGAAACCCAUGUACUCAUGGUGACAUUAUCAUCGCAGGGUCACAUUAACCCCAUGCUCAGGCUAGGCAAACGCCUGGUUGAAAAAGGCCUUCAUGUCACGCUUGCCACGACCGAGUUCGGUGGCCAGCGAAUGCUUAAAGCCUCCGCUAUCAGCAGCACCACCGGCGCCAACUUCAUCUCCGGAAUUCGACUUCUCUUUUUCCCCGACGGAUUUAGCCUAGACUAUGAUCGCUCCAACAAUUUAGACCACUACAUGGAAUACCUAGCAAAAAUUGGACCAGUUAACCUCUCGAACCUUAUUAAAGAAUAUUACCACGACGCCGACAAGAAACUCUCUUGCAUCAUUAGCAAUCCGUUUGUUUCAUGGGUAGUCGACGCAGCCUUGGCAAAUAGAGUCCCUUGUGCCUUGCUUUGGAUCCAACCUUGUUCACUCUAUGCUAUUUACUACCGCUUUUACAACAAGCUAAAUCCAUUUCCUACCUUAACAAACCCUGACAUGCGUAUCGAAUUGCCAGGUUUGCCUUUGUUGCACAGCCACGACUUGCCUUCGUUUGUUCUGCCAACAAACCCCUUUCGUAGUUUCCCUCGGUUAUUGUCUGACAUGUUUCAAAACAUGAAGAGGCAUAAAUGGGUGUUGGCCAAUUCAUUCUUCGAGCUAGAAAAAGAAGUCAUUGAUUCUAUGGCUGAGCUUUGUCCAAUACAACCAGUUGGUCCACUGGUGCCUCCUUCGCUGCUUGGUGAAGACCAGAGUCUUGAUGCUGGUAUCGAGAUGUGGAAACCAGACAAAACCUCCUUAGAGUGGCUAAACAAUCAACCACCUGCUUCAGUUAUAUACGUAUCAUUUGGUAGCAUAAUAGUCUUGCCAGUCAAACUAAUGGAAGUAAUAGCAACUGCGCUCAAGAACACCAACCAUCCAUUUUUGUGGGUGGUGAAGCGACCAGAAUUCCCAUCAGCUGAUGGAGCAGGCGAGCUACCCCUAGGGUUCGAAGAAGAAACCAAAAAUCAAGGGCUUAUCGUCCCAUGGAGUCCACAAACAAAAGUUUUAGCCCACCCAUCAAUCGCAUGUUUUAUGACACACUGCGGAUGGAAUUCCAUGUUAGAAACGUUGGCAGCAGGUGUGCCAGUGAUUGCAUAUCCGCAGUGGACUGACCAGCCGACAAAUGCCAAGCUUAUUGUCGAUGGUCUCAAGGUUGGUCUUAGACUCCAACCUGGCGCUGAUGGACUUAUCGGCAAUCAAGACGUGGAGAACUGUAUAAAACAAAUUCUUAGAGGACCAAAAUCUGAAGAGUUGCAGAAAAAUGCUGCAGUAUUGAAGCAGGCAGCCCGUGAGGCAGUGGCCAGCGGGGGCUCCUCAGAUCGGAAUAUACAGUUGCUUGUGAAUGAGAUUGUUGGGAGUUCUUGAACUAGGUUGGUCCCUCGGAGAUGAUUAUAAUGUUCCAUGAAGAAGAGAGGAGCGUGCUGUUUCAAUUUGAUUGUUCUGCUUCGAUAUUGUAAUGUUGCAUUAAUUAAUUAUUGUACAACACAAGAUAAUGACAUUGUGUCAUUGUGUAUAUUAAUUGUAUGGCGUUAGACUUAUAUUAUUUAAGAGUAUGUUGCCAAUUUUA